CAAAUCGAUGCGAAGACAAAAGAUGGUCUCACACCACUUCACUGUGCGGCGCGAUCAGGUCAUGAUCAAGUAGUUGAUUUAUUACUUGAAAGUGGUGCUCCAUUCGGGGCAAAAACAAAAAAUGGUCUCUCGGCGUUACACAUGGCCGCUCAAGGUGAUCACGUCGACGCCGCACGUAUCUUACUGUAUUAUAAAUCUACUUUAGUAGAUGACGUUAGCUCGGAUUAUCUUUCUGCGUUACAUGUAGCAUCUCAUUGUGGAAAUUAUAAUGUCGCUAAACUUUUAUGUGAACGUCGUGCUGACGUCAAUGCCAAAGCAUUAAAUGGUUUCUCAUGUUUACAUAUAGCAUGCAAGAAAAAUCGCUUAAAACUGGUUGAGCUAUUGAUUUCUAACGAUGCAGAUAUCGAAGGCAAGACAGAAUCAGGUUUAACGAGUUUACACGUCGCUGCAUUUGUCGGUAGCCAUGAUAUCGUGGUAUAUCUCUUACAACACGAAGCGAAUAUCGACGCGGUUACCAUUCGUGGAGAGACACCGCUACAUUUAGCAACGCGAAAUAACCAAGUCGAUAUUGUUCAAACCUUACUUCGAUUUGGCGCAACCGUUGAUGCAAAAGCAAAAGAAGCACAAACAUGUUUGCAUUUGGCUACGCGAUUAGGAAAUAUCGAAAUAGUCAGCUUAUUAUUGCGAGCAAACGCGUUCGUUGAUAAUGAAACAAAAGAUGGCUAUUCAAGUUUACACAUUGCGGCGAAAGAAGGUCAUGAAGAGAUAGCUAGUUUACUGAUCGAUCACGGAGCGAAUCUCAAUCUAUUCACCAAAAGAAAUUUCUCUGCUCUACAUAUUUGCAGCAAAUAUGGAAAUAUCAAAGUUGCUAAUCUUCUUUUACAGAAAGGAGCAACACCCGAUAUUCAAGGCAAAAAUGAUUUAACUCCAUUACACUGUGCUGUUCAUUAUAAUCACAGCAGUGUUGCACUCCUUCUCUUACAACAUGGCGCAAGUCCGCAUGUAACAGCACGGAACGGUUAUACGCCGUUACACAUUGCUGCAAAGAAAAAUGCAUUGGACAUCGCUGAAAUGCUAUUAGAAUAUAAUGCAAAUACAAAUGCGCAAUCAUCAGGUGGCUUUACACCUUUGCAUUUAAGUUGCCAAGAUGGCCAUUCAGAUAUGACUUAUCUUCUUUUGGCUAAUCAUGCUGAUCCGAAUAUUGCAUCUAAAUGUCAUCUAACACCAUUACAUCUAUGCGCACAAGAAGAUCGCGUGAAAUGUGCCGAAGCAUUAGUUAAUAAACAAGCCAAUAUCGAUGCCCAAACACUUAGUGGUUAUACGAGUUUACAUGUCGCCUGUCACUUUGGUCAGAUCAAUAUGGUUCGAUAUUUGCUUCAACUGGGCGCCAAUGUUAACAUUGAAACCAACCUUAUGUUUACACCACUUCACUCCGCUGCCCAACAAGGUCAUGUUAUGAUUGUUAAAUUAUUACUCGAACAUGGCGCAUCACCAAACAAAACCAACAAACAUGGCAUGACUGCUCUGUCUAUAGCACAGCGUCUCGGCUAUAUUUCUGUAGUCGAAGAACUUAAAGUCGUGACUGAAACAACAAUUGCUAGCAAACACGAAUUAAUUACUGAAGAACGUUAUAAGAUUCAAGCACCAGAAGUUUCACACGAAGAACAUCCAUUAACCGAUUCGGAAGAUGAAACAGAUAUGCUUGGUGAUGCUAGCUCGAACGUUCAUAUGCAAUAUUUGCGUGAAGGUGUUUUAAUGACUGAAGCAGAAGAGAACAAACUUAAUCAAACAUCGUUUAACAAAGAAGAACCUGAAUACCCGAUGUUGGCUGGUAAAGAUCAUUGGACAGAAAGUCGAGACAAUUUACAUGAUCAUCAAACACCGGCAUUAGCGCCGCAAAACUUAGUCGCUGAUAAUGAGGUUAUCACCAAACCACGUCAUGGAGGGGAACGUUUUCAGUGCCGAUCAUUUUUGGUAAGCUUUUUGGUCGAUGCUCGCGGUGGUGCAAUGCGCGGCUGUCGCCAUUCGGGAGUUCGCGUUAUUAUUCCGGCAAAACGUGCUAGUAUGCCAACCCGGAUCACAUGUCGAUUUGUUAAACGAGAAAAAUUAACGGUGCCUCCACCAAUUAACGAAGGCGAAGCUUUGGCAGCACGUGUUUUGGAAGUUGGACCUGUUGGCUGCAAAUUUCUCGGACCCGUCAUUCUCGAAAUACCGCACUUUGCUUCGUUACGAAAUUAUGAACGUGAAAUCGUUGUUCUACGAAGUGAUAAUGGCGAAAAAUGGACCGAACAUACCGGUCCAAUUACAGAUGAAGCUGUCCGCGAAGUCUUUGGCGAUACUGUUGAUUCCGAAGAUUUACAAAAUGCUGAUGAACUUCAUUCGCGACGAAUCACUCGAAUUAUAACCAAUGACUUUCCACGAUUCUUUGCAUUGAUUACACGCAUGCGGCAAGAAGCGCAAUUUAUUGAUGAACAAGGAGGUUUGCUAACAUCAACAAUAAUUCCGACGGUUCAAGCGCAUAUACCUGAAAAAGCUUUACAAAAACGUAUCCGAGUCUCGCUUCAUGUUUUACCAAUAUCGGCUCAAUUAGUCCAACGUUCAUAUGGCUCACGUAUCCACGUGAGUCCCGUUGUUACUGUUGAACCGCGCCGUCGUAAAUUUCAUAAACCAAUUACAAUUACAAUACCAUUACCGAACAAAACACCUUCGUCAAGAAAACAUUCACAUCCACAUCAGCAUGGAAAUGCUUAUACAAGUGAUUCUCAAACACUUCGACUAUUAUGUAGCAUCACGGGCGGUACACAUGCAGCUCAGUUUGAUGACAUCACAGGACAUACACCAUUGACAUUCUCAAACGAUUGUGCAACAUUUACGACGACUGUCUCAGCUAGAUUUUGGCUGGUCGACGCUCAAGGUGUUUCUGAUGUUCUUAAAUUAGCACAUGAAAUCUAUCGUGAAGCAACAUCAGUUCCAUACAUGUCUCGUUUCAUUGUCUUCGCUAAACGACACGAUCCGAACGAAGCACUCGUUCGCAUCUUUUGCAUUACUGACGAUAAAGAAAAUAAAACUCUCGAAAUGCAAGAACAUUUCACUGAAAUAGCCAAAUCAAAAGAAGUUGAAGUGGUCAAUGGCAAUUCAAUUUAUAUCGACUUACAAUCGACGAAUUUACAAACAAUUAUCAAAACAAAUGAACAAUUAACAUUAGUUUUUCGUGCAUUUAAAGAGAAUCGUUUACCAUGUGUUGUUCGUUUACGUGAUCAAGAACAAGAACCAUCGGGUCGAUUAAUUUUCUCGAAAGAUAAUGGUAAAUUAACAUCCAUUCAACGAACAACAUCAAUUACAAUGACCAAUGGACAAGCGUCGGCGUUGUCGUCCACAACAGUCAUUGAUCCUCAAACAUUACAAACAAUUUGUAAUUUGAAUAUUCUUAUUCCUGCGUAUGAUAAGGAUUUGCUCGAAAAUGAAGAACGUCUUCGGGCAUUACAUUCGGUUGAACACGAUCGUAAUUCAGAAAGCUGGAAAUCGGAUGAUAUGUAUCGAAAAGGAGAAAUCCGUUUGACUGAUAUUGCUCGACUCCUCGGUAGUGAUUGGCCAGCGCUCGCUGCUGAACUUGAAUUGAGUGAAGAUGAAGUCACGAAAAUCAUGGACGAAUUUGGAGAAAAUGCUUCUUUACACAUGUUACGCUAUUGGCUCAAAUCACGAGGAACGGACGCUACUGGAAAUUGCCUUCAACAAGCAUUACGUAAAAUUGGAAAAGAAAAUAUUGUUCAUAAUUGUGUAUUUAAUAUCGAAUGGGUCACCGAUGCUGCUGAAAAGGAACUGGCCAAAUCACGUCUUCAUAGUCGCGGUGGCAGUGUAGAUGGCAUUGCAGCAGGUGGACGUCGAUUGGACGAAGGUUUCGAAAGUGAUGAUGAGUACGAACGUCGUCGACAUGGUAAAUCCACUGAUCUCGAUGAUCCUUAUCAUGCAUCAUCGAAACAACAAACUAAUGCAGAUCUGGCUGAAGGACGUACAACACCAACAGCUAAUUUGGAAUUUCAAUCAAAAAAAUCUUCAAAAAAAUUUGGUGAUUUCGGAAUUGUGAACAUUGUUCAAGAAGCAACACCGAUCUUACCGGAUAAUCAACCUGCAAUCUCAUCGGUUCAAUCAGAUACACUCACUGACCAAUCAAAAACAACAACUCAACAAUUAGCUGAGCAAACAUCUCAAGCCUUCGAUGAUAUUCCAUCUACACGUGUUAAUCCAACACCUGUAGGUGAGCGUUUUAUAAAGUCGAGGAUAAUUCCUGAUCAAGCACGUGCGAUAGCAAACGCAUUCAAGCAUGCUGUCGUUCGACCGCUGAAAAGGACAAUCACGAAAAAGAAAUCGGAUGAUGGUGCACAUUCGAUUGAACCACCACUGACAAGUUCCCAUCAGCCAUAUGUUCAUUCGCUUUCUGCCAGUGAUCAUUUUGAUCAGCAAGGCAAUGAACUAUCCAUUGGUUCAUGUGAAUCUAUCAGUCAAACAACAUUCACACCACCGCCAGCUAAACCACCGCGUCAAAAUGACGAAUCCGACUCGCUAUCGUCGGUGGAUAUCACGCCUAUUCCACCGGCGAAACCGCCGCGACAUUUCUCUCUCUAUAGUAAUAAAAGUUUGAUGCAACAAACAGAUACUGCUGUAAAAAAGGUUCUGAAUCUUGCUGAUGCAUUUGGCAUUGUUUCCAAUGACGAUACUGAUAUAAGCAUUUUACGUACAACACCGCCGGACAUGAGCCAAUCAGGAAAUUUACACGUUUCCGAUAGCUUACAAACUCUUCAAUCGUUCAUAGUCGAUGCAAGUCGACUGGUUACAAACACAGAUACGCCAGUGAUGACAAAAUCAUUUGAAUUCGAAUCCGAACAGCCAAGAAGAGUCAACCUGAUCUCAUCGUCCGUUGAGAAAUCAGCUAAAGAAAUCGUUCCAGUGAAGAUCAUUCAUUUCGCCACCGAGUUGGCUGAGACAAUCUUGCGAGAAACUCCAGAAUGUGUUACGACAUCGACUGCAUCAUUGAAGACAUCUAGUAAUAAUACUUCAUCAUUUCCUCAUUCGAUUGUCACAACUCAUAUUUCACCGACUCCUCCUUCUUUGGCACGUCCAUUAAUGUUUGUUUCAUUUCAAACUCAGCCCAGUGUAACUCCCAAGAUUGUUUCGCCACUGCGCGAGAUCGUGACUAUCAAACCGACGCCAAUAGUCACAACAUCAGUCACUGUUGUCAGCACACCAACGACACUACUUUCGUCGACAACAUCUGUCAACGCCAAUGAAGAUGAAACAGAUCAGCCUGUGACAUCCGCUUCUAAUAGUAAUAGCAUUUUUAACCAAUUGGAAUCUAUCGAAAGUACUUCUCGUGAAAGUAAUGCGAAUUUCGAAGUGAGCAUAGCGCGUGAUAAUACAGUAUUUUUUCCAGAAAAUGCUGAUAAUAUCACAUCAGUUCGUUCAUUUUCGGGCAAUUAUGAUAAUUCACAUGUAUCGAACGGAAGUUUACAAGACGAUAACAAUCAUCAACCACAAGAUAUAUCACCAUCGACAACGAGAUGUUCGACACCAUCAUCGUCAUCGACAGCCACACUCUACGAAAGCUUAGAUAACUUUUCGACAUCGACCGCAACAAGUCCAACGUACGUUUCAGCGGCUAGUACGUUCAAUACCGGUGUUACUUUGACUCCAACGCAACAUUUCAAUUCUGAUACAAGUGAUGAUGAUACGAUAGAAAGCCUUUCUCAAGCGUCGACACCCACAGUGGAACUUACGGAAAAUAAUAUCGAAUCGCUUGAUGAAUGUGAUAUAUCAUAUACAACGAAUGUUCUUGCUCAAGACAAUCUGCCUAGUCAUCAUCAAGAUAAUCUCGAUCCAACAACUCUUCAAUCUUCCAUUGGACACGAAGCUCAAAUUGAUUCGAGAAAUCAAUAA